GCCCUUGGGCCCCGCACCGGGAGCGCGCAGCGGCGCUGACGUCGCGCUCGUGACGUCACGCGCGCGGACGCUCGGGCGGUGCGCGCGAGCGCCCCCUGGCGGCGCGGAGGGCCCCCGGGCGGUCACAUGACCUGGCGGGGGGAAGAUGGCGGAGCCGCCGGGCGCCCCGGCCGAGGACUCGUGGGGGAAGGUGGGGCCGGGAUCGGGUCGGGCCGGGCCGCCGGGUGCCGCGGGGGCGACGGGACGGGGCUCGUGGCGGCCGGGCAGGGUGGACGCGGCCUACGGCGACAAUGGCCUGGACUCCGCACUCUUCAUGGAAAAUGCCCGGAAAGGCAGCAUAGUGUCCCGGGCCAACAGCAUCGGCUCCACCAGUGCUUCUUCUGUCCCCAACACAGAUGAUGAGGACAGUGACUACCAUCAGGAGUCCUACAAGGAGUCCUACAAGGACAAGCGCCGCCGGGCACACACGCAGGCUGAGCAGAAGCGCAGAGAUGCCAUCAAGAAAGGCUACAAUGACUUGCAGGCCAUCGUCCCCACCUGUGAGCAGCAGGAUUUCUCCAUCAGCUCACAGAAGCUGAGCAAGGCCAUUGUGCUCCAGAAAACUAUUGACUACAUCCAGUUCCUGCACAAGGAAAAGAAAAAGCAGGAGGAGGAAGUUGCUACCCUCAGGAAAGAUGUGAUGGCCUUGAAGAUCAUGAAAGUGAACUAUGAGCAGAUUGUGAAAGCUCAUCAGGACAACCCAAAUGAGGGGAAGAACCAGAUCUCUGACGAGGUGAAGUUCAAUGUUUUCCAAGGCAUCAUGGACUCCCUGUUCCAGUCUUUCAAUGCCUCAAUCUCUGUAACGAGUUUCCAGGAGCUCUCAGCAUGUGUCUUCAGCUGGAUUGAGGAGCACUGCAAGCCCCAGACGCUGCGGGAUGUUGUCAUCGGGGUCCUGCACAAGGUGAAGAACCAGCUCUACUGAGCCUCCUGUGCCACUUCUGUGCCCCUGGGGACAGGGCACUUCUGCCCAGAGGCCUGGGUGCCAGCCACUACCUGGGUCCUCUCCAUUGUGGCUGUUUUUAAGGUUCUCUGAAUUAUUUAUUGUAUUCCUUCUGAAGCCCAGCAGUGGCUGUGCAAACACCGCUGCUCCACUCAGUGCCACCGAAUCUUUAUAGGGACUGGGCAGGAGGGGAGGGAAGGGUGGUGAGGAGCAGAAGGUGGGGAGCAGAGUCUCUGGCUCAGGCAGUGCCAUGGCCUGUGCCACUGACUCUCCUUGCAGAACUGAUCCCAGAGCAGCUCCAUUCUGUGCCCUGUGACAGCCCUGCUAUCCCCAGGGUGGGGAAAUGUGACAAAUGCAUACUAAAAACAAUGGGUUUCUGGUAUAGCAGUAGGAAUUGCUUUUCCCCAACCCACUGGGCUGUGCCCUGCCCCUCUGGAGCAGCUGUUUUGAGUCAGCUAUUGUGUUUUAGAGGAGCCUGGCAGUGCUGGCAGCAGGAUGAACCCAUCAAGAGUUGGGAGCUGUGACCCUGGCAGCACAUGCUGGGGCCUUGAUGAACCCCAAGUGCUGCUGCAGCCAUGAGUCCCUGGGAAGGAACACAGGAAGUUCCUUCAAGUGCUGGAACACCUCUCCUUUUCAGAAACUGGCUGUACUGCACAGGAAAGCUCUGCAGCUGUAACAUAGCAUGGCCACAUGCAAUUGGUGCUCCUCCUUAGAACUUCUACACACACACGUACAUGACUGGCCUCAAUUUUAUUUUUAUUGUAAAUUUUGAAAUGGUCCCAAAGCACUUCCUGUGCCAGAUGUAGAAGCAGCUGCUAUCAGGGACAUGUCUGACCCUGUACCAUGCCCAGUUUGGGUCCCAGCUCUGCCUGGGUGAGGGUUGGUCACUGUCCAGAGUGAUGGGACCAGGGUGCUGCAGCAGCAGGGUUUGUUCUCCAUAACCAUGUUUGUGCUCCUGCUCCAGGGGCACAUCCAGGGAAUGUUUAUUUCAGGCAGUUUUUCCAGCACUGAGGAGGGAGUGCUGCCUCCUGCCUUAGGAAGAGGACGUGGAAUUUUACAGACCUCACACGUGAAAGUGAUGUAUUUUUCUAUUGUGAAAAGUAAUUAAAUAAAUUUUGCUCAAUGUUUUAACGAUU